UUUUCUGUGUUUUUAAUUAUUCGUAGGCAGCUGAGCGCACUUUUAUUGUUGACUACGAACGUAACGAGUUCCUAAAAGACGGCCAAGUAUUUCGAUAUGUAUCCGGUUCGCUACACUAUUUUAGAGUUCCUAAACCUUAUUGGAAGGACAGAAUUCAGAAAAUGUAAGCAGCUGGUUUAAACGCUGUAUCGACUGAAAAUUAAAUUUCUUCAGUUUUAUUUUAUCGAACAACAAACAUCCAGAUAUAUAAUAAUUUUGACAAAUAAAUUGUUAAUUCAACUGCUUAUACCUUCAGACUUUAAAUAUAAUACAAAUAUAUAAUAUGGGUUUAUUGUCUGAAAAUGAUGAAACACAAUCGUUGAUAAAAAAACGAAAAGUGACGUGGUACCAAAAAUUGUCAAAGUGUCCUUACAUUGCUGUAUUAUUUGGUAUUUUGUUACUGACUUUUAUUUAUAUUAUAUACCACGUUUUAAUAAGAAAUGGACCAGAAUCCAAAGAAACACCAAAGGUAGCAGAGCGAACUUUUAUUGUUGAUCAUGAACGUAAUGAGUUCCUAAAAGACGGCCAAGUAUUUCGGUAUGUAUCCGGUUCGCUUCACUAUUUUAGAGUUCCUAAACCUUAUUGGAAGGACAGAAUUAAGAAAAUGAAAGCAGCUGGUUUAAAUGCUGUAUCGACUUAUGUAGAAUGGAGUUUACAUGAACCUUAUCCAGGUGUAUAUAAUUUUGAGGAUAAUGCUGAUUUAGAGUAUUUCCUGAAAUUAGUUCAAGACGAAGGAAUGUAUUUGUUGCUCAGACCUGGACCAUUUAUAAGCGCUGAAAGAGAUUUUGGUGGAUUCCCAUUUUGGUUAUUGAACGUGGUGCCAAAAAAUGGUCUGAGAACUAAUGAUCCAAGCUAUAAAUAUUAUAUUGCUAAAUGGUUUGAUAUACUUAUGCCUAAAAUCGUUCCUUUUUUAUACGGAAAUGGUGGAAAUAUCAUCAUGGUUCAAGUAGAGAACGAAUAUGGAUUUUACUACGCGUGUGACCAUCAGUAUAUGAUAUGGUUACGAGAUUUGUAUAAAAGUUACAUUAAAUCUAAAGCUUUACUUUACACAACCGAUAUGUGUGGAGAUUCAUACUUCAAAUGUGGUACUGUAGCUGAUGUUUAUGCUACCGUGGAUUUUGGCCCUUGGAACACCGAUGUUAAUCAAUGUUUUCAACACAUGAAAGAAUUUCAAAAUGGAGGACCGCUAGUUAACUCUGAGUAUUAUACUGGUUGGGGGUACUAUUGGGGUUCACCGUUGCAAUUCAUAAGUUCUGAUAUAUUUUUGUCUGCCAUGAAAGAAAUGUUAGCUUUGAAUGUAUCCUUCAAUAUUUAUCCUUUCCACGGAGGGACAAAUUUCGGGUUUACGACUGGUUCCGCCAAAAAAAGUAAUGAACAUUUUAAGCCAACAAAAACCUCAUAUGAUUUCACUGCCCCACUGAACGAAGCUGGAGAUCCGACCGAAAAGUACUUUAAAAUUCAGAAAUUGCUCAAAGAAACUAAUUUUCUAGUAUCAAACGAUAUAUCACCCGUUCCAGCACCCAAAGGUUAUUAUGGAACACUCAAAAUGCAGCAUCUGGUUAGUAUUUUCGAAAAGGUCACGCAACGGAUAAAACCGGUGGAAAGCGAUGUUCCA